ACUCUCUUUAAUUUUGGUUUUGUGGUUGCAAAAAGGGGAGAAAUUUUGGAACUCCAAUUCAGCCCCACUCUUGGAGUACAUUGAGUCAACAAUUGGUUUCAGAGCAAGGGCUCCAAUUUGAAGGUUUAACCACCUAGGAGUUGAUCAAGGAUGGCUCAAUUUCAAGCUUCUCAACCACUUGAAGGUUUGUCUACCACUAGGCCUCCUUUCUUUGAUGGGACUAAUUACAAUUAUUGGAAGAAUAGGAUGAAGGUCUCCAUGCUUGCAAAUGUGCCCAAUGCAUGGAUUGUGACUAUGAAAGGUCCAUAUGUACCUAUGAAAGUUGUUGGAGAAAGAGAGGUGCCAAAGGAAGAAGUUGAAUGGAAUGAUGAAGACUUGGGGAAGAUCAUGAUCAACAACAAAGCAAUCAACAUGCUUCAAUGUGCUCUUAAUCCAACGGAAUUCCAUAGAGUAUUUGGAUGUGAUACGGCCAAGGAGAUGUGGGACAUGUUGGAGGUAACACAUGAAGGAACAAGUCAAGUGAAGGAGUCAAAAAUCAAUAGACUCAUUUACAUGUAUGAGCUUUUCAAGAUGAAACCAGAGGAGAGCAUUCAAGAUAUGUAUACAAGAUUGAAUGAUAUAGUCACCAAUCUCAAGGCUCUUGCCAAGAAGACCGCAAUUGAAGAGUCUAGGGAUCUCAACACUCUCAAACUUGAAGAUCUCAUCGGAAAAUUGAUGACAUAUGAGAUAGAAAUUCAAGUUGAUGAUGGAGUUGAAGUAGUUGAGAAGAAGAAGAAGAAGGAUGUUGCAUUCAAGGCUAGCAACCAAAAGGAAAAGAGUGAAGAAGAUGCUAGUGAUGGUGAAAACAUCUCCACCUUGAUCUCUAGAGAAGUGAGGAGAUUCAUGAAGAAGAACAUCAAGAGCAAGCUUGCAAAAAGGGAUGAAGGAGAGUCUACCAAAAGGAGUGUGAAAUACUAUGAGUGCAACAAGAUGGGGCACUAUAGAAAGGAAUGUCCCAAAUUGAAGAAGGGUGAAAGGAAAAACAAGAAGAGCAUGAAGAAGAAAGCUUUUAGUGCCACUUGGAGCAAUGAUGAGACUAGCUCAACGGAAAGUGAAAGCUCCUUGGAAAAUGGUGUUGCAAAUCUUUGCUUCAUGGCUCAAGAGGAGAGCUACAAUGAUGAGGAGGGGAGAAUUUUUGGAACUUCAAUUCACCUCCCUUCUUGGAGUACAUUGAGUCAACACUUGCCUAAGAGUUGGGAAGCCAAGAAGACCAUAAUUGAAGAGGCUAAGAAUCUCAGCACUCUCAAGCUUGAUGAUUUCAUUGGGAACUUGAUGACAUAUGAGAUUGAUAUUCAAGUUAAUGGUAAAGUUGAAAUAGUUGAGAAAAAGAAGAAGAAUGUUGCAUUGAAGGCUAGCAAACAAAAAGAAGAAAGUGGAGAUGAUGCUAGUGAUGAUGAGUCUAGCAAUGAGGAGGACAACACCAAAUUGGUUUCAAAGUGAAGAAAUAUAUGAAGAAAAGCCUCAAAGGGAAAUCCUCUAGAAGAAACAAGGAAAUUCUUUAGUCUGGAGGAAGAAUAUAUAGUGAUGAUGAUGAUCGAGGAAAGCUAAGCAAGAAGCAUAUCAAACGCUAUGAGUGCAAUAAGAUGGGGCAUUAUAGAAAUGAAUGCCCUUAAUUGAA